AUGGAGCUGGACGACGACGGACUCGUCGGAUGCUUGGUCAUCUCGGACGCAGGCCACGUCCUCGCCGAGCACGCGCUUCGUCCGUCGGGCCUUCGCUCGGCGCCAUUGGCCUCGCUCGUUGCCACGCUUCAGCAGUUCAACCACGGGCAGCCCAUGGCCAUGCUCAUGCUGCAAGAGCAAGCGGUCGUCGUCGCGAGCUCCACUGUGGCUCCGAUCCUCGCUGUUGUUGUGUGCGUGGCAGAGUCCGACGCAGGAUUUGGGCGUCUGGUGGGCGCGUGCGUGCUGGACGCCUGCACUCGGUACUUUGGCCACGCUGCGCUCGAUGGUCUCGUCGCAAGUCUCAAAAAGGAAACGGAGGCACAGGCGACGACCUACACCCUCUCGUCGGCGCUCGAGGGGCAAGCACCUGCGAAUCAUACCGCGUUCGGCGCUUUCGAAGCAACUGUUCUCGGUCCUUUCCUGGGCACUGCUAUCGAUUUGAAGCGGUCCUUGCAGCGACACCCUCGCGCCUUCUUCCUCAAUAGCAAUUUGAGCGAAGUCCUGCCGCCCACCCCACUCGCUUCGGCGCUCCUCCACGGAAUCCUCUGCGUCGCCCGGGAUGCUGUCGUCGCCGCCACCGGGUUUUGGACUGCCCGACCGAUCGGGUCGCGCCACACGACCUACGUCGGGCUCGCGUCCUUUGGGAUCCCAGGCUACUGUGCUGCAGUCAUCUACGAAGGACCGGACGAGUGGUUCGAUGCGCUGCUGCCUCCUACAACGACGACAGUUCACGUCCCUCAUGCCAGCCCGUGGAGUGUGGCCCAAGGACUUCAUGCCGCUAGUGCCCGCUUCACGCUCGAGGAGCUUUGCGCGAGCUUCGCCCAUCACGAAGCGUCACUUGUGCCCGAGUCUCCGCGACAGCCAGAGCCCGUAAGACAGAAAGACUAG